AUGACUGUCCUCUCAAACCCAGAACAAGCGAACAACACCUCAUCCUCUGGGGGCUCCCCACCGGAGGACAAGCCGUACCACUCAAAACGGCCUCACAAGAAGUCGAGAACAGGCUGUCGGAAUUGCAAGACCCGCAAGGUCAAGUGCGAUGAGGCUCGCCCGACGUGUCGCAACUGCGUGCUCCGCAAAGCCGAAUGCGUCUACCCCGGACCGGCCCACUCCCACGGCGACCACGCUCCGGGGUCUCCCUCAUCCAGCUCCGGCUCAAGCUCAUCGCGUGCCCAUACGCCGGGCCAGAGCGGCGAUGAGGACUUUAACGCGAUGGUCGUCAAGGAGCCAAUGUACAUCGCCUCGAAUCAGCAUGACGCCAUCGAUAUGAAGCUGCUUUGGUUCUAUACCACGAAUACCUUCAGCUCCUUCGCCACGCAGGCCGGACGAGUGAAGCGGAUCGACGACAUCCUCAAGAUCAAAAUCCCCGCACACGCUUUUGAGAGCCCAUUCCUCAUGGAUUGUCUUCUGGGCACGUCGGCACUCCAGCUCCAGCAUCUCGGACAAGACAUCGCUCCCUCACGAGCAUUGCGUUAUCGGGCCCGCGCAUUCGAGGGGUACCGCAAAGCCGUCGAAGAAUUCAAGCCGGAAACAUUCCCCGCUCUCAUCGCCACUUCACUUCUUCUUACCGCCCUAUCAUCGCAAAUGUUCCGCGAAGAAGGCACCAAGGAUUUAUACAUCAUCGACUGGAUGAUAGUCUGGCGCGGCAUCGGUCUCAUGAUCGAUAUGGCCACUCCGCAGACGGUCUGGGAAUCGGGCAUGGCUGAGCUCUUCUUCCGGCCGCCAAUCGACCUCGACAAGGCCGCGUUGCACAUUCCAAACAGUCUACUUUUCAUGAUCUCAUCGAUCAAGCCCGGCGAUCCGGACUACGAAGAUGUGCCAGUUUACUACGACACGCUCAAGUACCUGGGCUCACUCUACUCCGAGCUCGUACACGGCUUCGGGCCAAUUAUGACCCUUCGUGUUGUGACAUGGUUCACAUUUAUACCGAAAGGUUUUGUCGAACUGGGUCGGCAAAAACGGCCUCGGGCUUUGGUUAUCUUGGCACACUACCUCAUGUUUAUGAAGUCGGUACAAAAUUUAUGGUGGAUCGAUGGUAUCGCGGACCGAGAAAUUGCAGGAAUUGCAAAGUACUUGGGCGAGAAUUGGGCAAACGAACUCGCGGCACCACGCCUGGCAUUACUCCUGAACGACCGCACCGACGUUGCGCGCCUUUUACUCAACGACCCCGAGUGGGAAUCGCCCGGCGACUUUUACAGCGAACCCACAAGAGACCCCCGUGCAGAGGCUCUCACAUGGGUUGACGACACCGGUAAGCGGUAUAAAUCUAUGCCCAAGACCGUGGGUGCCUUGUACCCGUCGGAUCCAGCACCGAGAACGAAGGCGUGGGAAGGGGAGAACUACUAUCAAGAUAAGUUGCUACUUUCAGCGCCAAAUAGAGAUUACGCGGAGUCUGUUUUGCAGGCCAUGGACAUGGGGGUUCAGGAUAUGGAUAUGUCCAGGUGA